AUGACUCUAGGUGUUGCGAUUCUGGGGGGAGGCAUCUUCGCCCGGGAAGAGCAUAAACCUGCGGUUGAAGCCAGCAAGGAUUUAGACCUCAAGGCUGCCUGGUCACGAUCGCUCAAGUCAGCCAGAUCUCUUGAGGUAGAUGAAGGGAAGGUUGAGCUAUACUCCGAAGAUUCAGGUACAGGCAAAACAUUGGGAGACCUGCUAGCACGACCAGACAUCCAUGCUGUGAUCAUCGCCCUGCCAAUCAAGAAUCAGCCAGAAUACAUUCGCAAGGCUCUUGUUGCCGGCAAGCAUGUGCUGUCAGAAAAGCCAAUCGCCGAGAAUAUGGAGGGAGCCGUGUCACUACUGAAAUGGUAUCGUACGGAGAUCGACACCAAGAAGGUUACCUGGUCGGUCGGCGAGAAUUACCGGUACCUCAACGCCUGGAAUCAUGCAGCUGAGCAAGUCAAGGCAAUGGGAAAGCAAUUGACAUUCAGAUGCCGGAUGCAGACCCUAGUCUCAGGUGGGAAGUAUUUCGAGACAGAGUGGCGCAAGAACCCGACCCAUCAAGGAGGCUUUUUGCUUGAUGGAGGAGUCCAUCAGACUGCCGGUCUGCGUCUGCUGAUGGGUAGAGAGAACCCACUGGUUACAUUGUCAGCACAUACCGCACAACUGCAGCCUCAUCUUCCCCCUGUCGAUACAAUUGAAGCCGUUGCCAAAGCGAAGAAUGGUGCAGUCGGUACCAUUACUAUCAGCUUUGGUACGACGCAGAAGGGUAAGGUAUGCGCAGUCGGGUGCGAGAAGGGCUACGUCAGUGUGUCAGGUUCGACGGUGACCGCGGGCGAUAAGACAUGGGAGAUCCAAGACGAGAGAUCAGGCGUGCCACCCGAGGUGAGAGCAUGGGGCAAAGCGCUAGUAGCUGGUACGAGCAGCCCUGAGCAGUCGCCCGAGGAAGCGCUGGCAGACUUCGAGCUCAUCGAGGCGGCCCUGCGCAGCGGUGAGCAAGGUGGUAAGGCAAUGCUGUUGAAGUACCAGGAGUUUUAG